AGACUGCGCAGAUGCGCUGGCACGACAUCAUGCGUCCUGUUGCCCAGCAUGCUCAAGUUCCGCCUCUCAUGGAAACCGGGCAAGACGGAGUACCUCGAUGGCGACAUCUACCUGCCCGUGUGGGGUCCCAUCACCACCACGGAGGCGCGUCUCAUGGUCACCGGCCACGACCGCCGCAUCUACGACAACCAGCAGUAUGAGGAGCAGAUGUUCUACUUCAACACGACGGCGCGCGUCAGCCGGUACGACCACGGCGUGAGGACAGAGGGCAUCGACUACUGCUACGACUGCAAGGCCGAGAUUGAGAUCCUUCGCGAGUACUUGAUCAAGGUGUGUGGCGCUUCGCCAGAUGACUCAGCCAGCCUCGAUGCCCGCAUUGGCGCCAUGACACACGAAAUCUCACGCGGUAUUGGGGGACGAACGCUCCGCGACGCCAACGCGGACCCCGGCCAGCGCAAACAGUCCAUCAUGCAGAAGCAGUGGAUUGACGGCCGCCCAGCGUACAUGGAGCGCCCAAAGCACGAGCCGCAAUACUCAGGGUGCGUUGUCGGCCAGGGCAUCCGCGCCCCAAUUGCACCGGAGGCGCAGCAGGGCACCCGCGGUCUUGGCUUCACCGCCCGCGGCUUCAGCUUUGCGUCGGAUGAGAAGAAGAAGAGCGGCACCUCGCAGCCGUUUGUGUUCAAGGCAGGCCCUCCCCUCUUGCCAAACCCAACAGGCAGCAGCAGCAGCAGUGCCAGUGCGGGCGGUCGUGGCACUAACAAGGACACUGGCCAGAGAGUGACCCUUUCCACGAGCAGCAAGGUCGGCGACCUUGGUCGUGCAGAUGCACAGUCAUCGUCAUCAUCAGCAAAGUGCGGUGAUGCAAAGGAGGGAGCCGCCACUGCCACAGACACCGGCGAUGCCGAUGGUGAUGGCGGGCAGCACAGCGGCCAGCCCGAGAUGGAAGGCGAUGGGUCAUCGGCUCCAGCUCCAGCUUCCAAGGAUGCAGGCGCGGCGUGUGACAACGAGCCUGCAGAGAAGGCGCGCGAGGCUGCGAUGCCUCAAGCCACUGCCUCACCUCACGAUUCAGGGGCGCCGUCCAAGGAUAGCGACACAGUGUGA